AUGGCACCAAAAACCCCAUGGCGACUGGCACUCCUCCUACUACUCGCAACCCUCAACGCCGGCGCCACGGCCCAACCACCCCCCGCCGCACACUCCCAGACGCCCUCCCCCCGCCAACUCGCCUGGCACCAGCACGAAUACUACGCCUUCGUCCACUUCGGCCCCAACACCUUCACCGACGAAGAAUGGGGCCUCAGCCAACAACCCCCCUCCGUCUUCGCCCCGACCGACCUCUCCACCGACCAAUGGGCCGCCACCUUCGCCGCCGCCGGCAUGUCCGGCAUGAUCCUCACCGCCAAGCACCACGACGGCAUGUGCCUCUGGCCCACCAACACCACCGCCUACACCAUCGCCAACAGCCCCUGGGCCCGGAACCGCACGACCAAAACCGCCGACGUCGUCCGCAUGGCCGCCGCCUCCGCCCGCAAGCACGGCCUCCGCUUCGGCGUCUACCUCUCCCCCUGGGACAUGCACCGCGACCCGGCCAUCCCCAAACCGCUCCUCGCCGGCACCAUCUUCGACGAGCCGCAAAUCUUCGGCGACGACAGCAGCACCGCCGACGACGGCAGCGACUACAACGACCUCUACGCCGCGCAGCUGGCCGAGCUGGUCGGCAUGACGUACGAUGCCGACGACGACGACGACGGGCAGCCGAUCCCGCUGUUCGAGGUCUGGCUCGACGGCGCCAGCGGCUCCGACACGGUGCAGACGUUCGACUGGGCGCGGUUCCGGGACGUCAUUCGUGAAAGUCAGCCCGACGCCGUGAUGUGGGGCCACCAGGGCGUGGAUGCGCGGUGGGUGGGGAACGAGGACGGCGAGACGGGGCAGACGAACUGGCACACGAUCAGCCGGACGCAGGACGACGAGCGUUAUUCCGGGGAGGAACUGGAGGAGGGGGUGAGGAACGGCGCGUACUGGACGCCGGCGGAGGCGGAUGCGCGGGUGAGGCAGGGGUGGUUCUGGCAUAAGGGGGAGGAGCCGAAGGGGGCGGGGGAGCUGGUGGAGAUGUGGGGGAGGUCGGUGGGGCGGAGCGUCGCGUUGUUGUUGGAUGUGCCGCCGGAUGGGCGGGGGAGGAUCGCGGAGGGGGAUGUGGAGGUGUUGAUGGAGUUUCGGGCGAGGCGCGAGGCGUUUCUGCGGCGGGACGUGCUGGGCCCCGGGGUGGUGGUGAAUGCGAGCGGUGUGCGUGGGGGGAAUGAUGUGGUGUUUGGGCCGGCGAAGGUGCUUGAUGGGGAUGCCGAGACGUAUUGGACGAUGGACGAUGGGGAGACGACGGGGGCGGUGGAAUUCGAGUUGGACGGUGCGUAUAGUGUUGAUGCUUUUGUCACGCAGGAGCAUAUUGCUUUGGGUCAGCGUAUCGGUGGGUAUGAGAUUGGCGCCGUCGUGAAUGGGACGUGGACGACCGUGGUCACUGGCACCUCGCUCGGGUAUAAGCGUAUUGACAGGCUGAGUGAAGCUGUGCGCACGAGCCGUGUUCGUUUCAGUGUCACGCAGGCCGAUGCUGUGCCUUUGAUUAGUGCUUUUCAGGUACUCGGGACGCGGGAAAGUACCGCUUAA